AUGUGCCAAGAAAAUCAGAACUUUUAUUACAGACUAAUUAAACAAGAUGGAACUUGGGGCGAUCACUAUAAUCCAGAAACUAAGACCCAGUCAAACCAAGGGAAUUACUUUGACUCACCACUUCCCAGAAAGAGACAUAUCACAUCUUCAGCAGGCAAGAUCAUGCUCACAUUCUUUUGGGACCAGCAUGGAGAAGUGAGGCUGGAUUUCCUGGCAAAAAAUAAUACAUUCACAGGAUCUUACUACACUUUACUGCUCCUGAAAUUGCAAGAGGCUAUCAUAACGAAAGAGCAAGGAACAUUGGCCAAAGGUGUUCGCCUCCUACAAGACAAUGUCCCUGUUCACAACUCUCAUGUUGCCCAGAUUGAAAAAUGGUCCUGUGGCUACAUCCUUCCCAAUCCUCCUUAUUCUCUUGACUUUGCAUCAUCUGACUUUCACCUCUUUCUGUUCUUGAAGUCAUUUUUUGAAGGGAAAACGCUACCAAGAUGA